AUUUCAAUCGCCAAUUGAUUUUACUUAAAGAGAAGGAAUAUCACUUCGCAGAGAGAAACUUAGAAUUUUCAGACUAUAAGUAUAAAACACAUUGAAUUUGACGUAUUAUAACCAUGAAGGCAUUCUACGUUCUUCUGUUAUUGACCCUCAUCGGAAUCGUCUUUGCAAAAUCUACUUUUGAUCGAGCGAAAGAAUCAGCUCAGCUAAAGCCUUUUGCUGAUGGUGGUGGCAAUGAUGGUAGCAAUGGUAGUGGCAAUACUGGAAGCAAUGGUGCUGGCACUGAUCCAGGCAAUGGCGGUAAUAGUGGCGGUAAUGGCAAUGGUCCAGGUAAUGGCGGUGCUAAUAGCGGUGGUCAUGGCGGUAGUAAUCUAAACGUAAUACAACUUGUUUUGCGAUUACUAUGCUCUUUAUUAGGAUCAACAAUAGAUAGUAUAAGUCUAGGUAGUAUUUGUGAGGGGCUGGGGCCAUAAAAGGAAGAAUAAAAUACGCAUUAUAGUUUCGUAUAUAGAGGAGUUCAUUUUUUUACAGGAAGGAUAACUUCUAUUAUCGACAUCGUAAAGGCAUUGUUAUGAAAAAUAUUUUAUUUAUUAAAUUAUAUUAUCAUUAUUACUAUUAUACAUAUAAC